AUGGCUAAGGCUAAGAAACGUGUCAAAGUUGUAAACGACAACAUAACCGUCCCAGAAAUAGUGAAAUGUUUUAUCUCGGUGCAUUGGCGCGGCGUUCUGACUACAGUGACACCUUUAAUUUUUUUAUUCGUGAUACUUCCACUUCCUGCAGAGCCUUAUUGUUGGGUUGCUUAUACAUUGUUGAUAAUGGCUGUUUUUUGGAUGACUGAGUGCAUACCUAUUGCCGUAACUGGCUUCCUUCCUGUGGUAAUAUUUUCUUUAUCUGGCGUUAUGAGCACUCGUAAUGUUUGCCGUUGCUAUAUGAAUGAUACCAUAAUAAUGUUCCUUGGAAGUUUGUUUCUUGCGAAUUGUAUAGAACAAUCUGGAGUUCACAAACGUCUAGUUUACUUCGCUGUGCGCAUUAUUGGAUACUCGCAUUUCAAAUUACUAUUUGCUAUGUGUUCAGUUACAACCUUUGUAUCAAUGUGGAUAUCAAAUACCGCAGCUACUACGAUGAUGGUUCCUAUUAAUUUUGCUUUGUUGAAAGUGUUUGAAGAAGAAAAAGUUUUAAAGAUGUAUGACACAACACCGGAUGGUGAUUUAGUAGCAAGUGACAUGACAACCUGUUACUUUUGUGCUGCCACCUACUCUGCAACUAUUGGUGGUAUAGGAACUCUUGUAGGCACCGGUACCAAUUUAGUAUUCAAAGGAUUGUUCACGACGGAGUAUCCGAAAGAACCAGAUUAUCUUUCUUUUCCAUUAUUCAGUGCCUUUGCGGUACCAUACAUGAUUGUCAUGGAAGCGUUUAUGUACCUGUAUUUAAUUACCUUAUAUUUUGGGGCAUUCAGGCCUGACAGUCCAGAAGCAAAAAGUUCGAAAAUUACACCAGCUGCAAAGGAAGCGGCAAAAAAAAACCGUGGAAAAAAAUGCCAAGGCACUGGGGCCAAUUAG